GCCGCCAUGAUUGUACUUGAAAAUAAAGCGCGGGUUGUGAGUUGAAUUUAUUACGUAAAAGUGCGUAUUUCGUAAUUUUAAUACCAAUUUAAUACCAACUGAAUUCUGGAAAUACACUUGAAAGAACAGGUGCCAGCCAUGCCUGAGUACAUGAUUAAUGGAAUCCCCGUCAACUUCCCAUUUGAACCGUACAGUGUUCAGUCUGCAUACAUGGAAAAAGUUCUUGAAUGUCUAAAGAAGAGAGAAAGUGGGAUGCUGGAGUCCCCGACAGGCACAGGCAAAACACUGAGCCUGUUAUGUGCCUCCCUCAGCUGGCUUUCCCUGAGGAAGGCCCAGCAACAGGCCGAGAGUUUAGUAGUGCACCGUCUGCCAGAUGGUGACUUUGUGACUGGUCUACAGAACAGUCUUGUGGAAGCAGCAGGUCCUCUGAACAUGCCCAGAGCGGGCACUUCGUCAUGGGAAUCUGGUGGAACACAGAUUAUCUAUGCAUCGCGCACACACUCACAGUUAUCGCAAGCAAUUCAGGAGCUGAAGAAAACUGGAUAUACUCAUACAAAGAUGGCAGUUCUUGGCUCUCGGGAUCAGAUGUGCAUUCAUCCUGAAGUGUCAAAGGAAGAAAACAAUAUUGCAAAGAUGCACAAAUGUCAAGCAUAUACCAAGAGCCAUGCGUGCUACUUCUACAGCAAUCUUGAGAGGAAGAAAACUGACCCAGCACUAAGGGAUGUUGGCAUUCUUGAUAUAGAAGACUUGGUAAAACUGGGUCAGAAACAAAGAGUGUGUCCAUAUUUCUUGGCACGUGACCUCAGAAAGGACGCCGAUGUCAUUUUUAUGCCAUACAACUACAUCCUGGACCAGAAACACCUCAAGUCACACGGUGUGGAACUUACGAACAAUGUUGUGAUCCUGGAUGAAGCCCAUAAUGUAGAGAAGAUCUGUGAAGAGUCUGUUUCCAUUUGCAUUCGCAGUACAGAUGUGGCUCUAUGCAUACAGGAAAUCACACAGGUGAUGGAGAGCUUAUAUGGGAACGGGGAAUCUUCUGCAGAAUUCUCACAGAGGGGAGAUGCAACACAGCCAGACUUUUCUCCUGAGGAACUUUGCAUUCUCAAGACAGUGUUUUUAGAGGUGGAGAAAGCUAUUGAUGACAUUCCAGUUGAGUCAGGUGGCUCAACAUUUGAUGGCGGUUUCAUUGUUGAGUUAUUGGCUAAGGCACAGGUCACAUAUGAGAAAAGCCACCUGCUGUUAGAUUUGCUAGUGAAAAUCGUUCAGUACCUCUCCGUUACUGGCAACUCACCCUUUCGUUACAAAGGAGCAGCAAUACAAAAAUUUGUUGAGUUGCUGAAGAUUGUAUUCAGAGCAAGUAAUGAGAGGACAGUUCACAUAGGUCAGCUCAAGCGGUGUUUCAAGGUUCAUGUGACUGAUGAAGAACCAAAGAAGUCGAAACUGAAGUCUGAUUCUUGGGGUGGGGCCAAAACAUCAGCCAGCAUUGUCAAGGAAAGAGUUAUCACUUACUUAUGCUUCAGCCCUGCUUUUGGGAUGAAGCAGCUACUGGAAAAUGAUCCGCACUGUGUGAUUCUUACGAGUGGAACGUUGUCACCACUGUCAUCACUUAUGUCUGAGCUGGGGAUACCAAUUCCAGUGACAUUAGAGAAUCCUCAUGUCAUUGGCUCAGGCCAGGUGUUUGUUUCUGUUAUAUCAACUGGACCAGAUGGAUUUGCUCUCAAUUCUUCCUACAACACGAGGAAUGACCCUCAGUACAUAUCGUCGCUGGGGAUGACAGUGUUGAAUGUGUGUCGUAUUGUGCCUCACGGGAUUCUGGUGUUCUUCCCAUCGUAUCCCGUCCUCUACAAGUGCAGGGACGAGUGGCAACAGUCUGGUCUGUGGUCUAAGGUUGCCGCUCACAAGCCAAUCUUUGUAGAACCGAGAAGUCGUGACGGCUUCCACAGCACCAUUUCUGAAUACUACAACAAGGUGCAGGAUCCUGCCACAAGAGGAGCUUGUUUCAUGGCUGUCACUCGAGGCAAGGUGUCUGAAGGACUUGACUUCAUGGACGUGAAUGGUCGAGCUGUUAUUGUAACAGGCCUCCCAUACCCUCCCCUGAUGGAUACGUAUGUCAAACUUAAACGGAGCUACCUCAGAGAGAACCAGGGAAAGAACGGGACUCAGUGUCUGACUGCGGACGAGUGGUACCUACUUGAAGCCACACGUGCUGUGAAUCAGGCUAUCGGCCGAGUGAUAAGACACAAGGACGAUUAUGGAGCCAUACUUUUGUGCGACCAAAGGUUUCAAGGACUUUCUUUCAAAGCAGCGCUGUCGUCGUGGGUUCGGCCACACAUGAAGAUGCACAAUUCAUUUGGUUUAAUGAUACGAGAACUGAAACAGUUCUUCGUUAAUGCAGAAAAGACAUUGCCGCCCCCAAGAGUUAAGGCUCCUUCCUGUGAGUUGAAGGCUCCUCCUGUCGCAGCCUCGUUUGACAUGACUGCCAAACGCUCCUCGACAGUGUCUAGGACAGGGAAUGCAGCCCCACAGGUCAGCAGCUCUAGCUCAACUUCUGAAUGGUCACCAGAUGAUUACCUUGCUACAGCUGCUAGUAGCUUACCAGCAGAGAAAAAGACUGACUUGUUUGAAGCUUUGGAGAAGCCGACUACUGUCAUAAACUUAAACGACACAAGUGCCGUGUCCUGCGGCAAGUCUCUCUUUAAGUGGGGUGACAGUGAGCUGCCCAGAGCUAAGAAGAUGAAGCUGAAAGUUGCUCCACCAAAAGUCAUUGUGUCAUCAUUUCAGGACUCGGUAGACCUGUCGGCCGGAGAGGGAGGCAGGGCAAAGUCAAACCCAUCACACUCCACAUCAAAACCAGGCUCAUCCAAGGAUAAAGCCCCUGUCAGCAGUGCUCCUAAAGUGCAGGAGAUCGGCUCAUAUCUGAUGGAGGUGAAGAAGUCGCUAGACACAGUUACAUAUCAGAGAUUCUCAAAGUUGACACGGGCCUAUGACAAGGAAAAGGACUUUGCUGCAUUACUGACUGCUCUGUGGGAAGUAAUGAUGGGGGAUGGCAGGAACCUGAGACACCUUUUCAAAGGUUACAGACGUUUCCUUCGGGCGAGUCAUAAAACGAAGUUUGACGCUUACUGUGCUACCAUGAUCCCUGAAUGACAGCUCAUGCCAAAAGGUCAUAAUAAUAUGGUAAGGUCACAUUUCUUGAACACAGUUGUGAAUGGCUGUGUAAGAGCACUGGGUGACAUUUGUACAGAACAUCUUCGCCUUUUGGUGGAUAGUAAUCACGUUAAUUUAAUGUAGGGCAGUGUGUGUGGUUGGAUACCUGAUCUAACAAACUUAUAAAUGGCUGCUGUAUUCAGUGUAUUGGUUCUAAACCUUCUCUGAUUUCACGGACUGAUAAAAGAACAGUGUUGGCUGUCUUAGGACUGGUACAGUAUAUGUCUCUGAAAGUAAAGUACAUGUGAUAAUCUGCAAA